AUGGUUUGGUGGAAAGUCGUACUGACUAGUGUGGUCAUCAUGGCCAAUGCAUCUGGUUCAUCCGGUGUCAUUGUUGCUAAAAGUGAUAGUCUCCGACCAGUCGAUGCACCGUCAAGAGUGCGUGUAGUCGUCCAACAUGCUGGAUCUGCAUCGUUUGAUUCAGAGUCUGCAUCCAAUAAUGCUUCAACUACCGAAGAGUUGUCAACCUCUGCCUCUUCACCGGCCUCAAAACCCGUUUCAUUUGCUUCACUCUUCAACAAAUAUGCAGCUUCUCGAUCAGGGUCAUCAAGACUUCCACGCUCGUCGUCUCCAGUAUCAUCAUCGACCGAAAACAUUUCAGUCACGGUGGUACCCAGUUCGUCGUCGAACUAUUCGGCUUUGAUCACGGACGCGUCGGGAGCUUCAUACAGCCUUGCUACUCCUCUCACAGCCAAGAGCUCCGUAGUACCGACGUACCGAAACUGGGUUGGUCCUCGCUCAGUCCAAGGUGAUGUAGCUUGCUGGCGUGAAGCCCACAUUAUGGACGAGUGUCCGCCCAACUUCGACCGCAACGAUAUCACUAACACGUGCUGGGCAAAUUGUCCGCUUGAGUUUCCGGUAAGAUGCGGCAUGGAAUGCAUCCGUCAGAACGACGACUGCGGCCGUGAGAUUUUCUACAAGAUUGGCUCUCUCAUCAACGUUGGACUUAAUGGCAUCAUGGACAACUGGUUUGGCAAGUUUCGAGCAAUGGCAAAGUCGGUGAGAACCGCAACCAUGUGUGCCUGUAUGGUUCUUGGUGAAGUUCGAGCUAUCCUCCGUUACAUUCGCAGUGUAAAGGCUGCAGACCCUCAAGCUUCGCAGGAUAAAGUCUUGACGAUGCUGUACCAAUCAAACGCAGUGGUCGUUGAACUGCCUAUUACGAUCAAAUUGUGCAUGGGUGGCAAAGCUGGUCCCAAGUGGUGGCUGUCCGACCGAAUUCUGGCUUCAACUCAAUACCUAUUGUCCCAGAUUGUGGCUCACGAUGACGAGCUCGUUGCGAGCUUUGAACGGUUUAAAGGUUUUCUCAAGGGAGCCAACUUUUUGGUCCCACAAGAAAUGAUCACAGAUGGAGAAAUUGGCUACUUGGAAGACGCGCUGCAGUCAAACUCGACUUGCGGACACGACUUGCAAGGCUUGGUACAGCGUACAUGGUUUACUAUUGAGGCUCUUCGAGAGCAGAACCCCGGCAUCACAAAGGAUGAAUUGCGCUUGAAGAUUCAUGAUACCGAACUUGUGAAGACGGAAAUUGCAAUUGUGACUAGCAACUGCAUGGAAUUGUUGAUCGAACAAUCAAACCAAAGGACAGCGUACGCUACACGGGAUAAAAUUCGUAAGACGUUUGGAGUGAUCGUCAAUGAUCUUAUUACAAAAGGUGUGAGCAAUAAUGGCACGUCCUACAAAGCCAACGAGUAUACGUACCAAUGGCUGAACCAAGGUCUCAACUUUUGGGUUGCCACAGGUUUCGAUAUGAGCGGUAUUUCCAGUUUUAUUUCCGAAUACUUCCAGAAGGUAUGCGGCCCCACGCAAUUCAUUGGCGAGGUCGACGACGGCACCCAUCCGGAUACGAUGGGGCUCAAUGCUAUCCAGAAGGCCUUUAAGGGCAGCAACUUGUCAUGGACGAAGAAAGGAGACGGCCACGUCAUCAUGAAGUUUGUCAGCUACGACACAAAGAAAGUAACAGUCAAUAUCAUAUCUGGAGGUGAAAAAAUUGAUGAGGUCGAAGUUGCCGCAGGUGGAAUAGCCACGUGGAAUUCCACCGUGUCGAUGCUGGGCGGCAAGACAUUGUAUCUCGAUCGUUGGCGUCCAGGAUUCCUGGGACUUCCGUCCACAAGUGGUGGCUCCUUGAUGUUGUGGGUUCCCAAUGCAGCCCAUGGUGGCCAUUUAAAUUUGAACGUGAGGAUAAACGAGAGUUAG